CAAUAAUGUAGACUGUUGGCGAGAAAUAAUAUGGUAAAUAAAAAUGGUUAGUUUUGCAAGUGUGUAUAAACAGCAGGUGUGAUUGUCCGUACCCUUGUUUCUCUCUCUUCUCGCUCGCGCUCCUCCAUAGCCAAACAAACAGAGAAGAGAGAGAGGCUUAACAAAGGGAAAACGCGUAUUCAACGUCUCGCCGCCGUGAUUUUCAACGUUGCCCUCUUCUGAUUCUCCGCUGCGGGGCCAACAAUACCACCGGUGUCUCCCUGAUUUUGUCAUCGCGCUAUUUGAAUAUGUCCUUUUCUCAUUUAGGGUUCUUUUUCCGGCAAUGAAUCAACAUUCCUCUUUCUGAACCGUAACGAUCAUCCACGGAUUUUCGAUCUCCAAGGGUUAGGUUUAGGUCUGGGACGUCCCCACAAAUGGAAGCGUCCGGUGGAAAUUCGGACGCUUACAGGAGCUCUUCUUCUUCAUCAACGUCUUCAUUUUCGACUACUUCUAAUCAUUCCCGAAGAAAUGGGCUGCAUAUUUCUGCUUCCACCAUUCUCCGAUCGCCCUUGUCCACCUUAUUGGAGUACACCGGCUUCCUCAGAACCCGGUCCAGUAAUUCGGAAUCCGACUCUUUAUUGAACAACGGUGCCAACGCCGGCUUGCGGCUGCUUUCAAAUGACUCUGCACCUACCCCUACUGCAAGCAGCAGUGGCAGUGCAGGAGAGGUUUCCAUUAGGAUAAUUGGUUCUGCAGAACACGACCAUGACAGGGUUGGCACUGCUCUGCAUUCGGGGCCAUCUACUGCGCAGACCGAGUCCUUUUCAAGGCCCGUUUCUAGGUCGCCGUCUGGAGCUUCUGUACUGUCCUCAUUGGAGAGUCAGGUUGAUUUGCGAAGUGAUAGAGAGUCUGUGGACGGGGCUUCAAAUGCGACAAAUGCAGGUGGUGACGCAGACGGUGCUGAGGGAGUUGGCACCAAUAAUAGGGAUUCUUCCUCCUCUUACCAGAGGUACGAUAUACAGCAGGCUGCUCGAUGGAUCGAGCAGGUCCUUCCUUUCUCGUUGCUUCUGCUGAUUGUAUUCAUACGUCAGCACCUGCAAGGAUUCUGUGUUACUAUCUGGAUUGCUGCUUUCAUGUUUAAGUCAAAUGAUAUUGUACGGAAGCAGACAGCACUAAAGGGUGAGAGGAAAAUAACGACUCUUAUUGGCAUCGUCAUUCUUUACUCACUUCAUGUUUUCGGGUUUUACUGGUGGUAUCGAAAUGAUGUGCUCUAUCCUUUGCUGAUGCUGCCUCCAAGAACCAUACCUCCUUUCUGGAAUGUGAUAUUCAUUAUCAUGGUGAAUGAUACACUUGUCCGUCAGGCAGCAAUGAUCCUCAAAUGUAUGCUCUUGAUAUAUUUCAAAAACAGCAGAGGUCGAAACUACCGUAGGCAGGGGCAAAUGUUAACUUUAGUUGAGUACCUGCUGCUUCUUUACCGUGCACUGCUCCCUGCCCCUGUUUGGUACCGUUUCUUUUUGAACAAAGAAUAUGGGAGUCUUUUCUCAUCGCUUAUGACUGGAUUGUAUUUAACCUUCAAGCUUACUUCUGUUGUCGAGAAGGUCCAAUCAUUCAUUACUGCUCUGAAAGCAUUGUCAAGGAAAGACAUCCAUUAUGGAGUUUAUGCUACAACUGAACAGGUCAUUGCAGCUGGAGAUUUGUGUGCUAUUUGCCAGGAAAAGAUGCAUUCUCCAGUCCUUCUACGUUGCAAACACAUAUUUUGUGAGGACUGUGUUUCUGAGUGGUUUGAGAGAGAACGGACUUGCCCUUUAUGCCGGGCAUUGGUGAAACCAGCUGAUCUUAGAUCAUUUAGUGAUGGGUCAACUAGUCUAUUUUUUCAGUUAUUUUAAAUCCAGGAAGUUUUGUGCUUUGGAGGCUUUUAAUCCUCAACUCGAAGCAGCUCUGUCCUGAUCACACCAUCUGCAUAGAAAAUCUUGAUUGUAACUGUUCUGUUGCCAUUGACACGGUCAUAUGUUGUAAACAGAAAAUGUGUGUGAAUAGCUCCCUGUAACUGGAGUUAUGUUCACGGUCAAACAGUAUAAGCAAUAUAGCAUGCGGUAUAUAAAAAGCACAGUUUUGAUCAA